AUUAUGGACAAUUGAAACUCUUCAAGAGGUUGUUCGUGGAAAUAGAGAGUCUCCUGUAGACGGUACACCUCCUCGAUAUAUCAAACUUUUUCAAAAUUAUUGGGAGGACGAUCCUAAUAAAUGUCCUAAGAUAGAAUCGUUAUUUAAUAAUUUGAAAGAAAU